AUGCAAGAAGAGUUGCAGAAAUGCAGGGAAGCUGUGACUGAGUAUCCCAAGGGGAGGAAAGAUUCAUUCAGACCUUCUCAAGACUUGCUCUUCAGGGAGAACUUCCGGGAAGAUCAAAGUCAAGACGCUACGCAAGAGAGUAGAAAGCUGUCCUUGGUCUGUUUAGAAUCACCUCUUUGUGCUGGAGCUGAAGUAUUAGCUGAACCGCUACUUCAGGAUAUUGCUUCUUUUGAGGAAGUGGCUGUUUAUUUCUCCGAGGAGGAGUGGUCUCAACUGGAUGCUGACCAAAAAGAGCUCUACAGAGAAGUCAUGGUGGAGAAUUCCAGGAAUCUCUUUUCUCUGGGU